AUGACCCUGCUGCUUUGCCUGUGCUGUCUGAUUUUCUCCUGCCUGACCUUUUCCUGGUUAAAAAUCUGGGGGAAAAUGACAGACGCCACGCCAGCCGCCAAGAAUAAACCGGAGGCGAGCUUCGUCCCAAGCCAGGAGCCCCUUCCAGCGCCCAACAGCUCCAAGGAGCCACCGCAGAAAAACGGGGACAGCGGCCCUUUGCCAAAGACCCCCAGCCAGGCGGAGCCGGCCUCCCAGAAAGGCCCCAAAGAUGCCGACUGGCAAAGGACCUCCAGGCCGCCCCGGCACAGGCACCCCUCCAGAAGCCCCCUUCCCUCCCGCGAUGCCUCCCCAGCCAGUGGGAUACGGACCCAAGGCCCGGAGGCCCCAGACACCAACGGCCUGUCCUCUCCGCUGGCCAGGCCCCAGGCCCGAGCCAGAGCCCUGUCCAAAGAGGACCAGAAGCAGGCGCGCCUCAAGAGGCAGCUGAUGACCAACUUCAUCCUGGGCUCCUUCGACGACAACUCCUCCGACGAGGACCCAGGGGCUGGCGCAGGCCGGGAGUCCUCCCGCAGGGGCAGCCGGGCCAGCCUGGGGGCCCUGACCCCGGAGGCUGCUCGGGCCGCAGGCGACUCGGAGGCCCUGGUCCCCGCGAUGAGGCCCAGCAUGUCCGGACUCCACCUGGUGAAGAGGGGCCGCGAGCACAAGAGGGUGGACGUGCAGAGAGACUUCACCGUGGCUUCGCCGGCCGAGUUUGUCAUGCGCUUUGGGGGGGACCGGGUCAUUGAGAAGGUGCUCAUCGCCAACAACGGCAUCGCCGCCGUGAAGUGCAUGCGCUCCAUCCGCCGGUGGGCCUACGAGAUGUUCCGGAACGAGCGCGCCAUCCGGUUUGUCGUCAUGGUGACUCCAGAGGACCUCAAGGCCAACGCAGAGUACAUCAAGAUGGCAGACCAGUAUGUCCCCGUCCCCGGGGGGCCCAACAACAACAACUACGCCAACGUGGAGCUGAUCGUGGACAUCGCCAAGAGGAUCCCCGUGCAGGCGGUGUGGGCUGGCUGGGGCCACGCUUCCGAAAACCCCAAACUCCCGGAGCUCCUGUGCAAGGACGAGAUUGCUUUCUUAGGCCCUCCCAGCGAGGCCAUGUGGGCCCUGGGAGACAAGAUCGCCUCCACCAUCGUGGCCCAGACGCUGCAGAUUCCAACCCUGCCCUGGAGCGGGAGCGGCCUGACGGUGGAGUGGGCAGAGGACUGUCUGCAGGAGGGGAAGAGGAUCAGGGUCCCGGAAGACGUGUACAGCCAGGGCUGUGUGAAGGACGUAGAGGAGGGCUUGCAGGCAGCAGAACAGAUCGGCUUCCCGCUGAUGAUCAAAGCUUCCGAAGGCGGCGGCGGGAAAGGGAUCCGGAAGGCGGAGAGCGCCGAGGACUUCCCCAUCCUGUUCCGGCAGGUGCAGAGCGAGAUCCCGGGCUCCCCCGUCUUCCUCAUGAAGCUGGCCCAGCGCGCCCGGCACCUGGAGGUGCAGAUCCUCGCCGACCAGUACGGCAACGCCGUGUCCCUGUUCGGGCGCGACUGCUCCAUCCAGCGGCGCCAUCAGAAGAUCAUCGAGGAGGCGCCUGCCACCAUCGCCACCCCAGUCGUGUUCGAGUUCAUGGAGCAGUGCGCCGUCCGCCUGGCCAAGACUGUGGGCUACGUGAGCGCGGGGACGGUGGAGUACCUGUACAGCGAGGACGGCAGCUUCCACUUCCUGGAGCUGAACCCCCGGCUGCAGGUGGAACAUCCCUGUACGGAGAUGAUCGCCGACGUCAACCUGCCGGCCGCCCAGCUGCAGAUCGCCAUGGGCGUGCCGCUGCACCGGCUGAAGGACAUCCGCCUGCUGUACGGAGAGUCGCCGUGGGGGGUGACGCCCAUCGCCUUCGAAACGCCCCCCAACCCGCCCCUCGCCCGCGGCCACGUCAUCGCGGCCAGAAUCACCAGCGAAAACCCUGAUGAGGGGUUCAAGCCGAGCUCAGGGACAGUCCAGGAGCUGAAUUUCCGCAGCAGCAGGAACGUGUGGGGCUAUUUCAGCGUGGCGGCCACCGGUGGCCUGCACGAGUUUGCCGACUCCCAGUUCGGACACUGCUUCUCCUGGGGAGAGAACCGGGAAGAGGCCAUCUCGAACAUGGUGGUGGCCUUGAAGGAGCUGUCCAUCCGGGGCGACUUCAGGACCACCGUGGAGUACCUCAUCAACCUCCUGGAGACCGAGAGCUUCCAGAACAACGACAUCGACACCGGCUGGCUGGACCACCUCAUCGCCGAGAAAGUGCAGGCCGAGAAGCCGGAUAUCAUGCUCGGGGUGGUGUGUGGCGCCUUGAACGUGGCCGACGCGAUGUUCAGAACCUGCAUGACGGACUUCCUGCACUCGCUGGAGAGGGGCCAGGUCCUGCCUGCGGAUUUCUUGCUGAACACGGUGGACGUGGAACUGAUUUACGGAGGCGUUAAGUAUAUUCUCAAGGUGGCCCGGCAGUCGCUGACCAUCUUCGUCCUCAUCAUGAACGGCGGCCACAUCGAGAUCGACGCCCACCGGCUCAACGACGGCGGCCUCCUGCUGUCCUACGACGGCAACAGCUACACCACCUACAUGAAGGAGGAAGUGGACAGUUACCGCAUCACCAUCGGCAACAAGACGUGCGUGUUCGAGAAGGAGAACGACCCCACGGUGCUGCGGUCGCCCUCGGCUGGGAAGCUGACGCAGUACACGGUGGAGGACGGGGGCCACGUGGAGGCCGGGGACAGCUACGCCGAGAUGGAGGUGAUGAAGAUGAUCAUGACCCUGACCGUGCAGGAGAGCGGCCGGGUGAAGUACAUCAAGCGCCCGGGGGCCGUGCUGGAGGUGGGCUGCGUGGUGGCCAGGCUGGAGCUUGAUGACCCGUCCAAGGUGCACCCGGCCAAGCCGUUCACAGGGGAGCUCCCCGCCCAGCAGACGCUGCCCCUCAUGGGGGAGAAGCUGAACCAGGUCUUCCACAGCGUCCUGGAGAACCUCACCAACGUCAUGAGCGGCUACUGCCUGCCCGAGCCCAUCUUCAGCAUAAAGCUGAAGGAGUGGGUGCAGAAGCUCAUGAUGACCCUGCGGCACCCGUCGCUGCCGCUGCUGGAGCUGCAGGACAUCAUGACCAACGUGUCGGGCCGCAUCCCCGCCCCCGUGGAGAAGUCGGUCCGCAGGGUGAUGGCCCAGUACGCCAGCAACAUCACCUCUGUGCUCUGCCAGUUCCCCAGCCAGCAGAUAGCCAACAUCCUGGACUGCCACGCAGCCACGCUGCAGCGGAAGGCCGACCGGGAAGUGUUCUUCAUGAACACACAGAGCAUCGUGCAGCUGGUCCAGAGAUACCGCAGCGGGACCCGCGGCUACAUGAAGGCCGUGGUGCUGGACCUCCUGAAACGGUACCUGCAAGUGGAGCACCACUUCCAACAAGCCCACUACGACAAGUGCGUGAUCAACCUGCGGGAGCAGCUGAAGCCCGACAUGGCGCAGGUGCUGCACUGCAUCUUCUCCCACGCGCAGGUGGCCAAGAAGAACCAGCUGGUGAUCAUGCUCAUCGACGAGCUCUGUAGCCCAGACCCUUCCCUGUCGGAGGAGCUGACCUCCAUCCUCAGCGAGCUCACGCAGCUCAGCAAGACCGAGCACUGCAAAGUGGCCCUCAGGGCCAGGCAGGUCCUCAUCGCCUCCCACCUCCCCUCCUAUGAGCUGAGGCACAACCAGGUGGAGUCCAUUUUCCUGUCUGCCGUCGACAGGUACGGCCACCAGUUCUGCCCGGAAAACCUCAAGAAAUUAAUACUCUCGGAGACGACCAUCUUUGACGUCCUGCCCACUUUCUUCUAUCACGUCAACAAGGUGGUCUGCAUGGCGUCCUUGGAGGUGUACGUGCGGAGGGGCUACAUCGCCUACGAGCUCAACAGCCUGCAGCACCGGCAGCUCCCGGACGGCACCUGCGUGGUGGAGUUCCAGUUCAUGCUGCCCUCCUCCCACCCCAACCGGAUAGCCGUGCCCGUCAGCAUCACCAACCCCGACCUGCUGAGACACAGCACCGAGCUCUACAUGGACAGCGGCUUCUCCCCGCUGUGCCAGCGGAUGGGCGCCAUGGUGGCCUUCAGGAGGUUCGAGGAGUUCACCAGGAACUUCGAUGACGUCAUCUCCUGCUUCGCCAACGUGCCCCGGGACGCCCCCCUCUUCAGCAAGGCCCAGACCUCCGUGUACUCUGAGGAGGACUGCAAGAGCCUCCGAGAGGAGCCCAUCCACAUCCUGAACGUGGCCAUCGAGUGCGCCGAGCACCUGGAGGACGAGGAGCUGGUGCCCAUCCUGCGGACCUUCGUGCAGUCCAAGAAAAACAUCCUGGUGGAGUACGGGCUCCGAAGAAUCACCUUCCUGAUCGCGCAGGAGAAAGAAUUCCCCAAGUUUUUCACCUUCAGAGCAAGAGACCAGUUCGCAGAAGAUCGCAUUUACCGCCACCUGGAGCCCGCACUGGCCUUCCAGCUGGAGCUCAGCCGGAUGCGCAACUUCGACGUGACGGCCGUGCCCUGUGCCAACCACAAGAUGCACCUCUACCUGGGCGCCGCCAAGGUGAAGGAGGGCGUGGAGGUGACCGACUACCGCUUCUUCAUCCGCGCCAUCAUCCGCCACUCGGACCUGAUCACCAAGGAGGCCUCCUUCGAGUACCUGCAGAACGAGGGCGAGCGGCUGCUGCUGGAGGCCAUGGACGAGCUGGAGGUGGCCUUCAACAACACCAGCGUGCGCACCGACUGCAACCACAUCUUCCUCAACUUCGUGCCCACCGUCAUCAUGGACCCCUACAAGAUCGAGGAGGCCGUGCGCUCCAUGGUCAUGCGCUACGGCAGCCGGCUGUGGAAGCUGCGCGUGCUCCAGGCCGAGGUCAAGAUCAACAUCCGCGAGACGGCCGCCGACAGCGCCAUCCCCAUCCGCCUGUUCAUCACCAACGAGUCCGGCUACUACCUGGACAUCAGCCUCUACAAGGAGGUCACCGACCCCAGAUCCGGAAACAUCAUGUUUCACUCCUUUGGCAACAAGCAGGGAGCCCAGCACGGGAUGCUCAUCAACACUCCCUACGUCACCAAGGACCUGCUGCAGGCCAAGCGCUUCCAGGCCCAGUCCCUGGGGACCACCUACGUGUACGACUUCCCGGAAAUGUUCCGGCAGGCUCUCUCUAAACUGUGGGGCUCCCCAGACAAGUGCCCCAAAGACAUGCUGACGUACACGGAGCUGGUGCUGGACCCGCGGGGCCAGCUGGUGGAGAUGAACCGGCUGCCCGGAGGAAACGAGGGGCGGGGCCUGGUGCUCAUCAGCAACGACAUCACCUUCCGCAUCGGCUCCUUCGGCCUGGGCGAGGACCUCCUGUACCUGCGCGCCUCCCAGCUGGCCCGGGCCGAGGGCAUCCCCCAGGUCUACCUGGCAGCCAACAGCGGGGCGCGCAUCGGCCUCGCCGAGGAGAUCAAGCACAUGUUCCAGGUGGCCUGGGUGGACCCGGAGGACCCCCUCAAGGGAUUUAAGUACCUGUACCUGACCCCCCAAGAGUACACCCGGAUCAGCUCCCUGAACUCCGUCCACUGCAAACACGUGGAGGAGGAAGGGGAAUCCAGGUACGUCAUCACGGACAUCAUUGGGAAGGACGACGGCCUGGGCGUGGAGAACCUGAGGGGCUCGGGCAUGAUCGCAGGCGAGUGCUCCCUGGCCUAUGACGAGAUCGUCACCAUCAGCAUGGUGACCUGCCGCGCCCUGGGCAUCGGGGCCUACCUGGUGCGGCUGGGCCAGCGGGUGAUCCAGGUGGAAAACUCCCACAUCAUCCUGACCGGAGCCAGCGCCCUCAACAAGGUCCUGGGCAGAGAGGUCUACACGUCCAACAACCAGCUGGGCGGCGUGCAGAUCAUGCACAACAACGGCGUCUCCCACAUCACCGUGCCCGACGACUUCGAGGGCGUUUACACCAUCCUGGAGUGGCUGUCCUACAUGCCCAAGGAUAAUCACAGCCCGGUCCCCAUCGUCACUCCCACUGACCCCAUUGACAGGGAGAUCGAGUUUUGCCCAUCGAGAGCCCCCUACGACCCCCGGUGGAUGCUUGCAGGAAGGUCUCACCCAACUCUGAAGGGGACCUGGCAGAGUGGAUUCUUCGACCAGGGCAGCUUCAAGGAGAUCCUGGCGCCCUGGGCCCAGACCGUGGUGACGGGACGCGCAAGGCUGGGGGGCAUCCCUGUGGGUGUGAUCGCCGUGGAGACGCGGACGGUGGAGAUGGUGGUGCCCGCAGACCCCGCCAACCUGGAUUCCGAGGCCAAGAUCACCCAGCAGGCGGGCCAGGUGUGGUUCCCGGACUCCGCCUACAAGACGGCCCAGGUCAUCAAGGACUUCAACCAGGAGAAGCUGCCCCUGAUGAUCUUUGCCAACUGGAGGGGCUUCUCUGGGGGCAUGAAAGACAUGUACGACCAGGUGCUGAAGUUCGGCGCCUACAUCGUGGACGGCCUGCGGCAGUACCGCCAGCCCAUCCUCAUUUACAUCCCGCCCUGCGCGGAGCUCCGCGGCGGCUCCUGGGUGGUCCUGGACUCCACCAUCAACCCCCUGUGCAUAGAGAUGUACGCGGACAAGGAGAGCAGGGGGGGCGUCCUGGAGCCGGAGGGAACCGUGGAGAUUAAGUUCCGGAAGAAGGACCUGAUAAAGGCCAUGAGGAGGAUCGACCUGACGUACAAGAAGCUUGUGGAGCGGUUAGGAGCGUCUGAUCUCUCCGACAAGGAGCGCAGGGACCUGGAGUGCCAGCUGAAGGCCCGCGAGGAGCUGCUGCUGCCCAUCUACCACCAGGUGGCGGUGCAGUUCGCCGACCUCCACGACACACCGGGCAGGAUGCUGGAGAAGGGGGUCAUCUCCGACGUGCUGGAGUGGAGGACCUCACGCACCUUCCUGUACUGGCGCCUGCGCCGCCUGCUGCUGGAGGAGCAGGUGAAGAAGGAAAUCCUGCAGGUCAGCGGCGAGCUCAGCCACGUGCACAUCCAGUCCAUGCUGCGCCGCUGGUUCGUGGAGACGGAGGGCGCCGUCAAGGCCUACCUGUGGGACAACAACCAGAUGGUGGUGCAGUGGCUGGAGCAGCACUGGCAGGCGGGCGACGGCCUGCGCUCCACCAUCGGUGAGAACAUCAAGUACCUGAAGCGGGAUUCCGUGCUCAAGACCAUCCGGGGCCUGGUCCAAGACAACCCCGAGGUGGCUGUGGACUGCAUGAUGUACAUGAGCGAGCACAUCAGCCCGGCCCAGCGGGCCCAGGUCGCUCACCUCCUGUCCACCAUGGACAGCCCGGCCUCCACCUGA